AUGGACCCCAUCAGCGCCGUCGGGUUUGCCUCUAGUAUCCUGACCUUCGUCGAGUUCUCCUCCAAGCUCGUGCGGGGUACGUACGAACUCUACCAAUCGAGCAAUGGAACGACAGUCGAAAACGCGCACAUCGGCAACGUCCUCUCCGACUUGCGAGGAGUAACCGAUGAGUUACGGAACGAUGCCGAACCACAAGACCGGCACGAGAAUGAGCUUUCCAAGCUUGCGCGCAACUGUCGCGAUCUAUCCGACGAACUUGUCGAACUCCUAGGACGAUUACAGCUGAAAGAGAAGGACAGACGAUGGCAGACCCUUCGGGUAGCAUGGUUGAAUAUGACAAAGCAAAAAUCAAUCGAAUCGAUCGAGAAGAGACUCGGGGAAUACCGCGCUGAAAUCGUGCUGCGAUUGAAUCUUAUGAUAUGGUACGUUGAUGCCCACCACACAAAACUCGUCCAUCCAAAAGCAGAUUUCGAACUCCAAAAAGAGUGUAUCAUGCUAGGCAGCGAGAAUGCUGGUGAGACGAAACUCUUGAGUGACCAACUGAAGAGUCUUGCGCAUCAGCUGGAGGGCGGUGGGCAGGCCCCUUCUUUGGCAGACAUGAAAGAGCCGUUAUACCACUUCGCCUCAGCUGCAGAUGAGAUUGCAAGGGAGAACAGGUCACUGCAACGUUUGGCCUUCCCCUCAAUGCACCGUCGUGAGAAUUCAGUACAGGAUGCCGAGGCUGGAACCUUGAGCUGGAUUGUGGACGGCUGCGACUUUGUCGGGUCCUCGGAAGCCAGCUAUGGACCUGGACCCGGACAUGCACCCGGCUCGCCUCGCGAUCUCAACCAGGAUGAGAAGAAAUAUCAAGGGGAACGGCGAGACGGCAACACAGGCUACACAAUCUUGACCAGGCCGAGUGAGAUUGGCAAUGCUGAUCACGAGGUUGUUGCAGAUUCAAGUUACUCAAGCAGUGCGUCAGGUGCUGAUGAGAUCUCAGGCCACACGGAUUGGCAGGUCGAAAGCCGUGACUCGUUCUGGAGAAAAAUUGAUCCAGAGAUCACCGAGGAGGAACGUCAUUCAAGACAUCGAACUUCUGCAGCGUUGGCCAGAUUCAUUACGAGCGAGAAUGGUUUAUUCUUCGUCUGUGGAAAAGCGGGAUCUGGCAAAUCGACGUUGAUGAAGUUCCUUGCCCAAGAUCGCCGCCUCCUGCAGGACUCAGCCGAUGGUCAGGUGAGAAGAAGUUGA